GCCCGCCUCCCCGGAAGCGGCCGUUGCCGCGGUAACGGCGGAGCGAUUUCCGACAGGGGCGGCGGCCGGCCCCAGGGAGGCGGGUGGCGAUGGUGCCCAGCAAGUGCCGGCCCGGCAGGGGCUCGCGGGCCGCGCCCGGCCCGGCCGGUAGCUGCGGGCUCCAGCUGCUGAUCCAGACAUCCGCGAUACCCAGUAAAACCAAGCCAUUUGACUUCAAGAUAAGUAAAGAACCCUCGUCUCUCCACAGCAGACUUUUGCAGCACGACCUGGAAAAAAGCUAUUCAGGAAGGCAAGGAGACCCAAGAGUGUUGAGCCCUUUGGUGCGCAAUAAGCAGCUGUAUCUUCCAGUGCCAUCCACCCUGACUGAGCUUUCUGGUUUGGAGUUCAAGCAAAGCACGGGUUCUUUAUCUGGAUUUGGGGAGUCUUCUAUACAUGCAAAACCCAGAUCCCGACAAAGCAGUCACAGUAUUAGUUCACAUGCUUCAGAUAGCGCAAAUUUUGGGAGCAGUUCAUCAAUAACAUUUCCUGUCUUGCAACGUACUGCUGAGGAAAAAAUACUGAACUCGGAUAGACUCACCCUGGAAAGGCAGAAGCUGACAGUGUGCCCAGUUAUCGAUGGAGAAGAUCACCUUCGCCUUUUGAAUUUCCAGCACAACUUUAUAACCCGGAUCCAGAAUAUUUCCAACCUGCAGCAUCUUGUUUUCUUAGAUUUGUAUGAUAACCAGAUCGAGGAAAUAAGCGGGCUUUCAACUCUGAGAUCCCUGAGAGUUCUUCUUUUGGGGAAGAACAGAAUAAAGAAGAUCUCAAAUCUGGAGAACCUAAAAAAUCUUGAUGUUUUGGAUCUUCAUGGAAAUCAGAUCUCUAAAAUAGAAAACAUCAACCAUUUGAGUGAACUGAGAGUGUUAAACCUCGCCAGAAACCUUCUGUCCAUUGUAGAAAAUCUCAACGGACUGGAUUCACUCACGGAGCUCAACCUUCGUCAUAAUCAAGUCUCUGCUAUAAAAGAUGUGGAUACUUUGCCCCGUCUCCAGCGUCUGUUCCUCAGCUUCAACAAUAUAUCUAGUUUUGAGGAUAUUCUGUGCCUUGCUGAUUCCUCAUCUUUGUCAGAUAUCACCCUUGAUGGCAAUCCAAUAGCUCAGGAGACAUGGUACAAACACACUGUUCUCCAUCAUAUGAUGCAGCUCCGACAGCUAGAUAUGAAGAGAAUCACAGAAGAGGAAAGACGCAUGGCAUCUGUUGCAGCAAGGAAAGAAGAAGAAAGGAAGCGUGAAAGUCAUAAACAGAGCUUGCUUAAGGAAAAGAAACGGUUAACAAUUUGUAAUAUUGCUCGCCAGUGGGAGAUACAGCAGAAUCGAAUAGAUCUUGUGGCUUCUUUAAACCAAGAUAAAGAUAACCAGCCUUGUCCGAUCAAUGGCAGUGCUGCAUAUGUAUUUCCUGAAGAAAGCAGGUCUCUUGAUACAAUAUUGAACAGUGCAGUUCAAGGCUUGUCUGUCCUUGAGUCUCAUCUGGUGGAACUGGAAGGAGACACUCUUUACUUGUAUGGUUCUGGAGCACUGGAGUGCUUGGAUCGGAACUGGAGUGUUCAAACAGCUGGAACUGUUGUCACAGUCUCCUUUGUGUUCAUAGAAUAUGAUGAAAUUGUGCAAGUGUUAACAAAACUGAAGAUAAAAUUUCCUAAUUCUGUGCACCUGAAGUUCAAGGAGACGAAUCUUGUGACGCUGCAGCAGUUCAAUGCAUUAGCCCAGCUGCAUCGCAUGGAACAGUUAACAGUUGAUCCGCAGGGAAAUCCAGUUGUCAACUUUACUCUGUGGAAAUACUAUGUUCUCUUUAGAUUGAACCAUUUUAAUCUGCAGAAGAUAAAUGGAAUUGAGGUUACUCAAGAUGAUGUUGUAAUGGCAGAAAGGCUCUUUGGCAUUCUGGCAUACGUAGCAUCUUCUGAGCUGCCCCGUUAUCGCUUGCUUUCGUCAUUUGGAGAAUCUAGGAUGAAGCAAUUUAGUUAUCUUCUGGAGGGAAAGGGGAAGAAAUCUGGGACUGGAAAUGAGGAAAGUAGUGAUAGUAGAAGAGCUGGGAGAGAAAGCUCUGCUCGAGCAACAUUGAAUUAUGUCACAAAGGACUUUCAUAUGGAAAAGCUUGAAGAAAUCAAGGAAAGAAAAACAUUUUGCCAAACAUAUGUCAAGAAUUUAGUGAAAGAAGCUGCUGACAUUCACAUGAAAAAUGAGUCCUUGCAGAAGCUCUGGCCUCAAAUGUUCAUUGAACUUGUCAGAGAUGCAGUGAUAGAAAUACGUAAUAAAAAUUCCUACAUGAAACUCAGCUUACAGCGGAUCACUGAUCAAAAACAGUAGAAUCAAGACCUGUUUUCUUGCAAGCUUUUGGUUUCUGGUUUGGAUAACGAUUCACAAACUUAAAACGAUAGAAUGUAAAAUUACCGUCACAAUGAAACACAUCCUUACUACUCCCUUGCUCUCCCCAAACAAAGUUUACCUUUAAAUCUUAAUUAUCUCUGUUUUCAUAGCUUUCUUGAUAGUGUCCAAUCACAAAUUUACUUGCAUAAAGCAUUAACAGUGAUUCUUUGGCUAAAGUGAAGAGAUGGCAUAGGAGUAACUUGGUGAUUAUGCCAUGUUUCACUACGUUCUUGUUCAUUUUUUUUCUGCUAUCCUUGCUUUGGUAGUGCUAUAGCAUUGAUGUUAAGGAACAGGUUUACAAACUGCUUAUUUAUUUAUUUAUUUUUGUUAAAUGCUUUUCGAUUGUCAACUUUUUGACUAUUUCCUGCUGUCUUAAAAAAAUCAAAUAGGAAUAUUAGCAAUUUUUUUAAUAAUCAAAAGCUAGUAAAUUGUUGCUUGUACACUCUAAGGUUGAUGAAUGGUUUAUAUUGUUUGAUUUGUCUGGUUAUGUGACAUAUUUUCAGAUCAAGUCCAUGACAGUUCUUGACAUAUUUAAUUAACCUAAUUCUUAACUGAAUGAGUGGCCCAAACUGGACUUCAAGUUAUUUU